UUCACUUGAGAAGUCACCUGACGUACGAUGUGCUGUUGAUGUGUAUAUUGCAAGCAAGGAAAGAAGACAACGUUUAAAGAUUAGAAAUGAGUGUCUUUAAGUCCAUAAAAGGGACUUUACAGAGCGUUCAAAAUGAUAUAAGUGCAGGGUUCAAAUCAUUGCGAGAGGGAGCUCAGAGUGGAGUGGCAACUGAAUUGAAGAAACUGUCUUUGCAGGAUAAUGUCAACUAUGAUGCUGGGGCAGAUAUUCUCAACAUGUACCAACAACACUGGUCAUCCAUCCACCUGGCAUCAGAGGAGAAUGCCAAAAAAGCACAGCAAUGUGAUGAAACAAUCACUAGUCUCUACCAGUUAUGUCAGAGACAGUCAGACCUCAUGAGCCAAUUGAGUUUGGAGCUGUCACACUUGCCAAAACUUGUUCAAGAUAUUGAACUUAUAAGCAGGAAAAUUGCAUCUCUAAGUUCACAGUUUGAGGAUGUGGAAAAAUUGUUGGUUUCCCUGGAACAAGUGUGUGAGCAGCAGGAGCUGGAGAGGAGUAAACUGAACCACAGGUAUCAGCUGGCACUGUACAAGGAGAAGAAGAAGGCAGAUUUGGAGCAGAUGAAAGUUAAGCUGGCAGGGGAGCAUGUUGUAAGGGUGCGGGAUUAUGAACUAAGUUGUCAGUUAAGGAUGAAGGAAAGACAAGAAGCCUAUGAGCAAGCAUUUGAAGAGGAAAUGGAAUACUACAAGACUUAUGGACAGAUGCAAAGACAACCCAGUUCUGAUAGUGGUCAGCCAGUGGACCUUGCAGAAGUGUCCAUAGAAGAGGAUCCUAAUGCCCUCAAUGACUUCCUAGACUCCACUGAACUGGACCCAGCACAGCCAGCCACAGAGCUUGAUGAAGCUACAGAGGCCAGGGAAACUGAAGAUUGUUACAUAUACGAUGAUGAUGAAGUAACACCAGAUAAACAGUCUGACAUGACAAAAACUGAGAGUAAGCCUCGCUCUGACACAGUAACCUCAAGUUGCAGUGUACCUGCUGACAGAGAGACACAGGAGGGAUUUAUUGAUGAUGAACUGGAAGACCAUACUUUACAGCAAGAUCAGCCAAGCUAGCACUAGGCUUGGCAGAAAUGGUUUAAGUUCAAACUCAAUAGUAAACAUAUGGGCUUCCAUACUAACUGAAUAACAUCUUAAGUGGGAUUUGGUGAUUUUAGUUUAUUGGAUUGCUUGGUUGAUUUCACUUCGAUUCGAUUUUAUCCAGUUUAGCUGUGUUAAAAUACCAUCAAGUGUAUUAAAUGGUGCUUAAUUUACAUUCCACAUGAAUUCAAUGCACAUUCAGUAAUUUUGUAUUUUGUGAGUUUAUCAAGUGAGAAUAUUCUUAAAACUCAAAUAGAACCAACAUGUUGGGUUCAUUGGUUGAGGGAUCAUUGAAUUUUAGUUAGUCAGCAAAUAUAUUAGGUAAAUAUUGAUAGAGAGAAUUAAACUCUGGGUUUCCUUUAUGCCAGUGGCAUCAUUUUAUUGGAAACAGUCGUGAUAUAUUAAUAUCAUGAUAAAAUGAAAAAAAUAUGCAAAAUCUGGUUUACAAAAGGACAUAGAUUGAAAAUCAUUCUUUAAUUAGCUACCAAGAAUCUUAGCAAAUAAACUUGCAUUUCACAUGGAAUUUGAAGAACCACUAGCCUCAUUUUUAUGUACAAACGCUAUCCAGACAGCAUUGGCAUGCAUAUGGUGUUAGCCAAACAUCAACAACCUAAUGUUAGCCCUGUCGAUGUUGAUCCAAUGUUACCUUGCUCUAACCUUUGUAAUAUAGUAGAAAGUCAUUAUAAGCUUAACCUACCAAGAAUCCUAGUAAACUUGUGUUUUACAUAGAAUAUGAAAAACCACUAGCCUCACUUUUGUGUGCAAACAAAUUACCCAGAUACAUGUAGCAAGACAGCAUUGGCAUGCAUAUGGCAUUAGCCCAACUUCAACAACCUAGUGUCAACAUUUUUCUUCAAACUCUUGUGAUUAUUUGUCCUAAAAUGUGGGUCAAAAAUGGGCAAGAAAUGAUUAUUUCUUACAUUUUCCCAUUUAUAUUUCUUAAAUAAUUUGGUCUUUUGACACUCUCAUCCAAAUGGUAACUGUUUUAACCUAAACCUGCUGCUGGGGUUACCUGUGGGCUUUAAAUACCUGUCAAGUUUGAAAUGGGGAUGCCUUACAAUUUAUUUAAUAAUGUCGGUCUUGGUCAGUUUCCCAGGCCUCAUAACUCCAGAACUAGAAGUGAGUCUCCCUAUUGCUAUUGGAUUGAAUGGGAAAUCAUAGUUGGCAAAUCCAAAGUUGAAUAUGACUAUGAACCACUUUCUGCUGCAAAUUGUACUUCCUUGAAUAUUGUUCUAAUUUUGCCAGUAUUUUAAUACUAAAAUGUGUACACUGACACAGGUUAUCUGUACAUGUCAGAUUUACAUGGUUUGUUCUAAACAUUUUAUGAAUUUAAAAUUUUUACUUAUCAUUGUGGUGACAAUUUAUUUUUAAAUACCCAAGUAUGUACAUUAUAUAUUUUUGUAAAUGGAUAGCAAAACCUUCACACCAAUAUUACAAAAUGGCUGUGCAUAGCUGCUUUAAAGUCAUUUUUGAAAAACUGGUUCUAGGCUUUUGUGGGUAUGCAUAUGUGGACUCUUGGGUUAUAUGGAUAUUAAUAUUAGCAAGUUUCAUGGUUUUUUUUUUUCAUUAUACUUUUAUUUUUUGAAAACCAUCCAAGAUGAUCUGUACAGAACAUCAAUACAAACUUUUAUCAUAAUGGAGAUCCAGAAAGGAAUAAAAGUGCGCUUCUAAGUAAUAAAUGGAAAUUUUAUCAAACUUGAAGUACACUUUGCAGCAAUAGUAUUUUAAAUAAAAGACAUGACUUGUAA